AUGGCCCCGACCUCUGUCCCCGGGCCCGCCCCGCCCCCUGGCCCAAGCUCCGCCCCCCGGGCGUCCCCGCCUCCCGGCCCAAGCACCGCCCCCUGGGCCAAGCUCCGCCCCCCUGGCGUCCCCGCCUCCCGGCCCAAGCACCGCCUCCCGGCCCAAUCACCGUCUCCCGGCCCAAGCACCGCCCCCUGGGCCAAGCACCGCCCCCCGGGCGUCCCCGCCUCCCGGCCCAAGCACCGCCCCCUGGGCCAAGCACCGCCCCCCGGGCGUCCCCGCCUCCCGGCCCAAGCACCGCCCCCUGGGCCAAGCUCCGCCCCCCGGGCGUCCCCGCCUCCCGGCCCAAGCACCGCCUCCCGGCCCAAGCACCGCCCCCCGGCCCAAUCACCGUCCCCUGGGCCAAGUCCCCGCCCCCGGCCCAAGCUCCGCCCCCUGGGCCGUCCCCGCCCCCUCGGCCCAAGCACCGCCUCCCGGCCCAAGCACCGCCCCCCGGCCCAAUCACCGUCCCCUGGGCCAAGUCCCCGCCCCCGGCCCAAGCUCCGCCCCCUGGGCCGUCCCCGCCCCCUCGGCCCAAGCUCCGCCCCCUGGGCCAAGCCCCCGCCCCCGGCAACAGCCCCCCAUUCAAGCCCCGCCCUUCCCCCCCCCGCACACAUCAGCCCCGCCCCUUUCCCUACGUCAUCCCCGUCGGGCCUCCCGAUUAGCCCCGCCCCCUUCCCUCUCGCUCCGUCCCGGUUGCUAGGGCGCCGCGCGGGAACGAGUCCUCCAGCAACAAUGGUCCGACCGGAAGCCUAG